CAUCAGAAUGGCUUCAUCCCUAGAUCCAUUGAUUAUUUCAGAUCCAAAAGAGCAAAAAUGGGUUGGCGAAAUAAGCGAAAUCCUGAAACAUCAAUUCAAUAUCAAUGUCAUUGAAGGACCUGCUCGUGUUAUUUCUAUAUUUCAAGUACCUGAAACCAUAACCACUCAUAAACCUGAAGCCUAUGAACCACAACAGAUAGGGAUGGGCCCAAAUCAUCAUUUUCGGGCUCAACCCUACAAGAAAAUGGAACAAAAAAAAAUUGCAGCCGUGCAAGGGUUCUUACAAUAUCACAACAACAUCAAGGAUUUUCAUCCCACAAUCCUUGAUAAAAUGGUAAAACUUGUCCCUGCUGUCCGUUCUUGCUACGACAUGUUCCUACAAGACGAUAAUGUUUCCUUGGCUUGGGUUUUUACCAUUGAUGGUCUCUUCUUGCUUAAUCUUUUCCAUGCCUAUGAUCUUGACUUUUCCAUUCCAAGCCGACGAAAAAAUAUAGAUCCGAGAAAAAGAUUGUUGGCACAAGACCUGAUGAUGGUUGAGAACCAAAUCCCUUUUAUUGUAUUAAGGGAAAUCAACGAGGCGUUGCAUGAUCCAUCAUCUGGUAAUAAUUUUUCACCUGCCAUAUAUCGAACUUUUAGUGAGAUCCAUUCGCCACUUGAGUUGUGUUUAGAAGCUCCUGAUGAUGUAGAACAUCUGUUACAUUAUAUGUAUUACUCGAUCAUAAACAACGUUCCUAAAACGGGAAAACACAUACCAAAUGAUCAUCAUGCUGGGGGAAAUCGCUUUCUUGGUUUAAAUUCUGUUGCACAGGUUUCAAGUUUAUUAAAAGGAGUUCCCCAAAAAGAGAUGGUUCAAGUGUAUGAACAAACUAUCACAAUUCUACAAGAUUUUUCUAAACAAAAAACUCUUAUUCCCCCAGCUUCGAAACUCCAGGGUAGAUCAGGAUACACGUUUCAUGCUCUACGGAACGAAGAAGGCAUACAGAAAAUACACAUUGCCGAGAAGAAGAAAUUUUACCUUCCGUGCAUUACUUUGAACAACAAUUCAGAAGUUAUACUAAGAAAUUUGAUUGCUUACGAAAUGUUAUCCCCCAACUCCCUUGAAUUUCCACUUACUGAAUACAUGGGGUUGAUGUGUGGGCUUAUCAUAACCGCAGAAGAUGUCAAUCUUCUUAGAAAAUCGAAGAUCAUCAAAAGUGAAUUGAGUGAUGAUGAAGUUGCAAAACUAUUUGUUGCAACGAGCAAUUCUAUACAGAGCAUGAAAACCAAAGAGAAAUCCAAGUUGCAAAAAAUGAUAACGGAAGUUAAUAGGGAUUACGAAAGUAGGCUACAAAUGAAGGCAUAUAUGUUGUUGAAGAAGCUUGCAAGUUGGUUGCUGGUGGUCUUAAAGGCUAUGGGCAGCUUUGUGGGAGCAACAUGGAAGAUUGUAGCAUUCAUGGUUAGCAUUGUUACCGUGUUCAUGUUAACGUACCAAGCUUAUUGUGACGUUUAUGGCUGUGAUAAAAUGAAAUUGGCGUUGUCAUAUGCUUCUAGUAUGUAGCUAGUCUGAUCACGGCGUGAUCUCAUUUGGGUUCACUCGACUACCGUCUAUUUGUUCACUCUAUUCUUGUUAUUUAUCUCGUUAAGGCUUUGUGUAGUUGAUUCUGUAUUGUGCAAAGUG